CAAAAUCCCCGUGCAGGUUUAGAACAAGAGAUCUCCGGUUUCUCUUCACUGCCUACAGCAGUUUUUUAAUGGCGGUUUCACAAGAACCAGAGGUGGUUUUGAUCACAGGUUGCACAAUAGGUAGUAUUGGCCAUGGCCUAGCCCUAGCUUUCGCUUCUCAUGGAUGCCAGGUUAUUGCAACGAGCCGUCGCCUAACCUCCAUGGAAGGCCUUGACAGGGAUUCUAGGGUUUAUCUCAGACAGCUCGAUGUGCUAUCAGAAGAGAGCAUCAAUGAAGCGAUUGCAGAUGUUAUGAGUAAAUUUGGGCGCAUUGAUGUGUUGGUAAAUAAUGCUGGCGUUCACUGUGUUGGGCCGCUUGCUGAGGUCCCCAUAUCGUCUGUUCAAAAAGCUUUUGAUACCAAUGUUUAUGGAACUUUGAGGCUUAUACAGGCGGUGGUCCCUCACAUGGCAGCUAGGCGAAAGGGUAAGAUUGUGAACAUGGGUAGCGUUGCUGGUCUCGUCUCUCCACCUUGGGGUGGCUCAUAUAACGCCUCCAAAGCUGCUAUCCACUCCUUGGCUGAUACAUUGAGAUUGGAGUUGAAGAUUUUUGGAAUCGAUGUAAUAUUGGUCGUACCAGGGGCAAUUAAGUCGAAUAUUGGGGAAAAUGCACUGAUCAGUUAUGCUCAAAUGCCUGAGCUAAAGCUGUAUAAACCAUUUGAAGGAGAUGUUAGAGAGAGAACCAUGUUAUCUCAAGGCCAGAAAUCAACUCCAACUGAAGAGUUUGCAAGGAAGACCGUUCUCACUGUUCUAAAGAAAAACCCUCCAGCUUGGUUCAUUUAUGGUGGGUACUCCACAGUGGCCUCUAUUCUGUACUACCUCCCUCUCUUUCUAAAAGAUUUAAUUUUGAGGAUGGCUUAUAAGCUUUAGCUUUCACAAUUAGAAGGAGGUUCCUGCCUAAGAGUUCUGUGAACUGUGGUUUUCUUUCUCUCUUCCAUUUGUAUGUUUUUUGUGCAUGUGGCUUUUGGUUCACAAUGGCUGAUAUCGAUUGCUUUUAAUUCUUUUUUUAGUAAAUCAGUUAGGGGGAAAGCCUUUUACCCGUUUUUCAUUAAUAAAAAACUAAGACAGAUUGCAUCUCUUUUUUACAACCCUACUGUGGGGCAGUUGUGCAACAUCAUGUGGCUUGUGAUUCAUAAUGGUUGAUAUUGAUUUGCUUGAUUUGUUUCAA